GAGCGGCCGCGCAGGCGACGGCGGCGGGGCCAUGAACGGCGCGGCGAACCCACUGCUGGACAAGGAGGAGCACCCGCUGCAGCUGGGCGAGAGCUUCGAGCGCCGGCCCAAGGCCUCCUUCCACACCAUCCGCUAUGACUUUAAACCAGCGUCGAUCGAUACAUCUUGUGAAGGGGAGCUCCAGGUUGGUAAAGGAGAUGAAGUAACCAUCACCUUGCCACAUAUUCCAGGUUCAACUCCACCAAUGACUGUGUUUAAAGGAAAUAAAAGGCCAUACCAGAAGGACUGCGUGCUUAUUAUCAAUCAUGACACUGGGGAGUAUGUACUGGAAAAACUCAGUAGCAGCAUUCAAGUGAAGAAAACAAGAGCAGAGGGCAGCAGUAAGAUCCAGGCCCGAAUAGAACAACAGUCUGCCCGAGCCUCUCAGCCUCCAUCACAGUUCAGAGCCCCAACGAAGCCAGCAGUUGGACCUAAAACUUCUCCUUUGAAGGAUAACCCUUCGCCUGAGCCUCAGCUGGAUGACAUUAAGAGAGAGCUAAGAGCAGAGGUUGAAAUUAUUGAGCAGAUGAGUAGCAGCAGUGGAAGCAGCUCAUCGGAUUCAGAGAGCUCAUCUGGGAGUGAAGAUGAAAGCUCCAGCAGUGAGGGGGAAGAGCCAGCACAUGUUUCCCCUUCCCAGCCACCACACCAGCAGUAUAACAACAGGAAUGCUGUUGCUAAUGGCACCAGCAGGCCACAAGGAAGCAAUCAGCUCAUGAAUACUCUCCGAAAUGACUUGCAGUUGAGUGAGUCUGGGAGUGACAGUGAUGACUAGAGGCUGAGCCUUUGCUGAUGCUGUUGCAUAUACAUGAAGAACUAAUUUACUUUGCAGUGAUCCUGUUGCUUAUGAAGAGGAGCUAGCACAGGGGUAGUUCCAGGAGUGGAAUUUUAACAGAAAAAAUGCAUCACCCUCCAAAAUAUCAAAUGCUGAAGGCAGUUUUACUUUGUGUAUUAAGUGUAUAUUUUGUGUAUAUUCUUAUUCUUUAAAGUUUUAAAUAGAUAUGUACAGUGUGUAAGCCAAUGUAUGUUCCUGUCUGUUCCUUAUCUGUAAGCUUAAUGUGUAGCCUUUUGCAGUCAUCUAAAAAUUUCUUCUUUGUAGGAGAUACUCAGAUAUGCCGGCAGAAUAUGUGCCAUUGUAACUUGGCAGGGGGAUUUUUGUAUAUAGGGCGAGCAUGAGCCAACAGUGAGUUUAAAAAAAAAAAAAAAGUGCAAGAGCUAGAGUGUGCAUCGAAGUGGGAUUGUCAUAAAUUAAGUUUCAACUCUAAGUUGAUUUCUUAGGUUUGGGGCUUUUUUAAUGUCUUUUUAUUGCUAUUUAUGGUUGAUUUGAUGGACAUGCUUUUAAACAGUUGGAAAAGAGAAGUCAUAAAACUUUGUUCAUCACAAACCUUGCUGCACCAGUGCCUUAUAGCACGUUUUUUAAGCAGAGCUUGAAUUCCUCCCACCUUUCACAUAGGGAGCAAUACUGAAAGCUCUUCAGAUUGCUUUUGCAAACAAGAACUAUAUUUCACAUACAGACCAAGUGCACUCUGAGAGCUGUUGCUUUAGCAGGAUAAAAUAUAUACAUUAGUCAUCUAAACACAUCCAAAUAAGAACCAGAGCAGCAUUUUCUUGUACAACUGCAGUGUCUCAUUUGACUCAGACAUUCAGAUCCAGAUCUUCAGAAAUAUUUAGGAGCCUGAUUCCCAGUGAAACUGUCUUGUCUCAAAUACAAGAUGUGGGACUUUGGAAGUUUAAGACCAUAGCCCUGUUUGCAGUUUCCUAGAGAAUGCAGAAAGAAGAUAGAACUCAACAACAGGUGAUUAAACAACAGAAGUCUCUCUCCCACUGCAAUUGUUCAGGUAGACUUUAGUCCAUAUUGUUUGUUGGAUGGGAGAAAACAAGAAAUACUUGCAUAGGGUGAAAUUCACCUCCAUUUAAGGGUGUUUAAAGGGUGCUCAGCUGGAUUAUCAUUAACUUUCUUGCUGCCAUGGAAAAUGAGUGCCACCUCUUACAGGUUGAACCACAAGGCUGAUUUUUUGAACCUGGAACUCAGGUGGCUCAGUAGUUCUGGUGUAAUCCAGGAGAAUGCAAAGCUGAAUUGGAUGCCUAAAUGUCUGCUUUACACAGCUUUUGCCAGUCUGUUUGUGUUUUAACUCGUUUGUUUACUGAGCUCUUUUUCUUUUUUUUCUUCUUUUUUUAAGGCGUUGAAGAGCAAGGGGACAUUUGAAGGGAGAUUUUUAUUAAAUGGUUUAUUUUUUUGCAUUAGAUAUGUAUUUAGGCAUAUUUUUGCAUCAUUGUACAUAUGUUUAAGAAUACUUGUUUUUUUUAAAGUUUUAUGAUGUGGGUACAUAUUUUAACAUACAAUUAUGAAAUAUACUUGAUGUAAAGUUA